AUGGCAUUUAAUUCAAAUGACGCUCAAGUCGCCAUGGACAUUAUCGGUGCUGUGGCCAAUUGCCUCCCAUUUGCCGAAAAAGCGGUAAUUCUAUUCAAUGAAGUCAUGAAAAUGGCAAAAGCAGCCAAAGAAUAUAAAUCUUUAUGGUUGACGAUGGCUGGCAAACUAGAAAGACUGAAAGAAACCUUGGAACGUCACAAUCCCGACUCAUCUAGCCCUAUUUACCAAAAUUUUGUGGCGAUUCUGGAAGAAUUCCAAAAAGUCUUGAAGAAAAACAAGGUAGAGGGAAAACUUCGACCCUGGGGCAUGGUUCGUCAGAAGGUUGCGGCCCGUGUAAUUUUGACAGACUUUGAGUCUCUUUCGACAAAGAUUGACUUGGCCAUGAAUGAGUUUAACUUUGACGUCACCCUCCAAAUUCAUACAAUAGUCAACACCACAGCUGUUGGUGUCUCUAAUAUAGAUGCAAAAAUUCAGAACAUUCUUGAUGUUAAAAACACAACUACAAGAGAAUUAGAAACAAAGUUAAAGGUAGGAAAUCCCGAGAAUUUUAAAGCGGCUAGACCUCCGGUUAAGCGUGGAAGCACUGGCCAAAUAGUGAAAAAGAUUUAUAUAUCACAACGAGUGGCUAUGAGGGAUUAUGGAUCGAAUGACUUGCUUAAAGACGAGACGAGGAGUAAGCUUCUAAAACACAUUGCAGUUGUGAAGGAACUUGGCCGGCAUCCAAAUAUUAUAUCAACUUUAGGCUAUACCAUACAGAAUGGACACUUUUAUUUGGUCUCCGAAUGGUGCGAAUUUGACAAUCUCCGGGUAUUUUUACACAAUAGAAAAGAACUCGAUUGGAAUGUAAAAUUAAAGAUCGCCAUGGAGCUUGCUGGAGCCAUGGUGCACUUCCAUGCGCACGAAUUUUUACAUCGGAACCUCCGGAGUGACGUAGUCCUUCUUGAUGGAUCACUUACACCAAAAUUAGCCGGCUUUAUGGAUAGCCGUAAUGUAGCGGACAAGUCCACUAAGCUUGUCUUUGAAGGAAUUAGAUGGAGAGCGCCAGAAAAACUCAGAAUAGGCUGUAGUGACGACGAGAGUGAAUGGUGGGCAACUACAUCUAGCUAUACAGUCAAAGCAGAUGUUUAUAGCUUUACGAUGCUUCUCUGGGAGCUAGCGUCGCAUAAAGUUCCCUAUGCAGAGAUUGAUGACAAUGAUUCGAUGGUUAUAUGCGACAUGAUUCUGAGCGGUAAACGUCCUUCUCUCGACGAUAUCGAUAUACCAGCAAAAUACAAGGAUAUAAUAACCAGAGGAUGGAAUGAUGAAGUGGACGAUCGACCUGACAUGAAGGAAAUAUACGAGGUUUUAAACCGACUUGCCAGCGGUAUAGAUCCACUGUGGGAAGAGGAUUACUUCCAAUUUCGUCCGCAGCAUAUACCUGAAAUAAAAAUACCUGGUGAAGACAACAACACAUCAAACGGCAAUUUCGAUAGUGGCUUUGACUCCGACUCUGCAUCAGUCACGGGCAUCAAACCCGGCAGCGUUUCCAGAUCUCGUGCUUCGAGCUUUGGACUUACCAUCUGUACAUCAACGCCUCCGUCAGCUACGUCGUCUGCUUUCCCGACACCAACAGGAUCGGUGUUCAACCUUGGUUUAGAAUCAUCUACGGAGGGUGAUGCUGGUGACAGAAAAGACACGUCUGAAGACGACAAAGUUAGUCCUAAAGAGUUUUUAGAAAAAGGCCGAGCGCUUCAUAAGGAAGGCAAAUAUCAACAAGCAUUCGAUCAAUUCCAAAAGGUUGCUGAACUGGGUGAACCACUCGGCCAUUAUUACCUGGGUCUCUACCUUGUCAGUGUCAAAUACGGUUUUCAAGACAUUGAGGCUUCGUUUGUUCAUCUUGCCAAAGCUGCGGAAGGUCAUGUGCAAAAAGCUGGAUAUUUAUACGCGACACACUGGCAGAAGCUUCAUCAAAGGCUUGAUGAAACUGCGGUGAAAUACCUUAAAAUGUCCUCCGAUGCCGGAUAUAGGGAAGCAAUGGUGUUUUAUGGGAGACUGCUGGUAAAGAAAGAUGUUGCUGGAGCGGAAGAACUUCUCAAUAAAGCGAAUCUUGGUGAGGGGGAAGUUAGUGCGGAGCUGGAAAAGUUUGGUAAAAAAUUACGCGAAGCUAUUGAACGAAGCAAACAGCAACCAGCGUAA